UACCUAAUAAAUUACCUUCAUUGAUAGACAAGCGUUCGGGUGAAUAUUUCCGUCGUCUUUUGCAGAGUCUGAAAGUCUGAUCCCAGUUCACACUAAGAAUUUCCCUUCAGAAAACACAUAAUGGAUCCUGAAAUUGUAAGUUCGUUUUGAGAACAUUUUUAUACAGAUAGUUACUGUACCUUUGAUCUCUUUGUGACUUUGUCAAUAGUCCAUGAUGUAUAAAAUAAAUACUGUAUAAAUUGCAUAAUUUCCUAUCGAUAUAUACCGCGCUGAAUUAAAAUAUAUUCGGUGCAUGUUAAUAAUCCUUAUUUAAUAUAAAGAAGCGAGACUACGCGAAAAGCAAACAUAUAGCAAUUUUUUGUAUGUUAAAACUACUCUUUUAUACCUUUAAUAUUUAUAGUAUGAUACUAUGAUCUCCAUGUGCCUAAAUCUUUAAUCUCCAAGCCACUCAGGCAUGCAUAUCCAUAUUUAUUAUAUAUUUGUACCUGUGCCAUAUCAAAUAUAAGUUUGUAUAUGUAUCAAUCAUAUCAAUAUGUAAAGUUUGUACUUUGAGCCCGUUUGUUAUCAAGUACCCUUGAUUGACCUUCACUGUUCAGGCAUAUGAUAACGACAAAGCACUAAUUUAGUUUCAUUCACUUGGCUAGUUUCCACUCAGGAAAAUUAUCUGUGGAUUGUCUUGUGAGCUCUGGGUUGGAACUAAUGACUUUAACACAAAGAAAAAUUUUCUUGUCCGUUCCAAUCCACGGAUAAUUUUCCUGAGUGGAAACUAGCCUUCAAGGGCAACAUUUGACAUUGUAUUCUGUUCGUAAAUGUCAAAUGAUUUAACACCCUGUUAUCCAAUUUUGACCACAAAAUACACCAUCAAAACUUAAUGAAUUCUAGCUACAAACAUGCAUCACCAUGUCUUUAUACCAUCAACACUUGCAAAAACCCCAUGGUCAAAUGGCAACAGCUUUCCUAGUAGAUUUACAUUAUGCAAUGUUCAUAUUUCUGCAAGCAAGGAUCAGCCUCUACAAACCAGGUACUAGCUGUUAAGCACCAAGGAAAAAAAUUGUCACAAAUUUUAAAAGAACCAAAAUGUGUGUUGUGAUUGUGGGGCAUGUUCAACAUCAGUGAGCAUGCUCAGUUCAAUACAGCUCAUAUUAGCAUGAUUUGUACCAGAAGGCCGGCCACCCCGUUAAUAUGGUCAUCUCCUUAUUACAGCCACUUAUUUUUGUCCCCCAAAAAUGCCGAGACAAUCCCUUUUCUUAUAAAGAUAUCCUGUUACCUGUUAAAACCACCAAACUUUUUCCCCAUCCUUGGCCCUAUUGAUGGCAUUCCACUGUACUUGAUGGCAUAAUGGUAAACUUUUCAUCAGUUAGUAAGUCCGCAUGCAUGCCGACGUACAUGACCAUGCACCUCAAACGUCAGCUGUUAUGCCGAAAAUUCAUUAUCUUCACAGCAUUCACAAAUUUACAUGAAUAUGAAUGCAACAAUAGAACAAAGACUUUGGUUCAGUUUCAAACCAUGUCUAGAAUGACUACGUGGUACAAUUCAUUGUUGACAGCAUCUUUUCCAUUUGUGAUAUUUAUGUAUCCAGGUUGUACGCAAGUUACGUGCUUCGUUCAAAAGCGGAAAGACGAGACCAAUCGAAUUUCGCAAGCAGCAACUACAAAGAUUGCACGACCUCUUGAAAGAGAAUAAAGAUGAUAUUAUCGGAGCCAUGCAGGAAGAUCUUAGAAAGGUAAAAGCUGGUUGUAAUUGGCACAGGGUGUGUGUGUGGUGGGGGAGGGGUGCAGGCAAACAUGGGCAUGGUUUGAUCACUGGUAGGGGCAUGGAUAAUGCCAUGUUAUCAGUUCAAUUACCCUUGCUGCCCACCUGGGGAAAAUUCAACUUUUUUGUGAUAUUAUUAUUUAAGCCAACUGUUGCUUAUAAUAUAUCUUGUGAAUCAAAAUGUAUGAUUUUGUACGGUGGCAGCCAUAAGCAUGCAUCUAACCAACAUGGCUUUGAAUGCUUCAACAUUUGGGUACUUUAAUAUGUUCCUAUUUGAAUGGAACAUAGUUUAAUAUUGUGUUCACUCUUUUGCAGCCAGCUGCGGAGUCCAUAUUAAUGGAAGUAGAGUAUGUUUUAAGUGAAGUUUGUGACGGCAAGUAUUUACCCAAAUCUUUAUCAACAAUGUACAAUGCAAUGCAUACGUUUGUUUACGUUUCUGUUACGUUGUGGGCCAGAGGGCCAUUAGCCAUUUUGUGGCCUUGAAAAUGGCGGCAACUAUUGAGGAAAGUAACUGAAAAACAUAAACAAAAGCGUGCAUUGCAUUGUGGUUGAUCAUGACCCUUUAACAAUUUAUUCUGUCCAAAACCAGACGAUUUUACCGACUUUUGUUCACAUAUGAAUUUGUGCAUAAUCAGUACAGUCAAGGCCGGCGAGGGGCCCGGAGUGCUCAGAGGGGCCCGGAAAUCUCGGUAAAAUGUUCAUAUAUUGUUUAUCAUCAGCAAUUUCCAGAGGGACAAGGGCCCGUGUUCACAAAUCGUCAUUUUGUCCCGGGGCCCGUGGUUGACUCUCGCCGGCCUUGAGUACAGUGUAACACAUACAGCUUUACUCUACCAAAUGUCAUGGUGGGCAUGUCGGGCUUUUGGGUAGUUAGCCAAUUCCCCCAACUAGAAGGACAUGAGGACAAUUGGCACAGUUAGGUCAGGGGUGGGCAAAGGGUGAUCUAAAAUUCAGAAAUAAUAUUCAUUUGUGUUUAGCCAUCAACAAUAUUGAUGAUUGGACAAAGAGAGAUUAUGUUCCUAAAAACAUGAUCAAUAAGGUGAACACAAUCUACAAUACCUAUGAACCACUGGGUGUAUCGUUGAUUAUUGGUGCAUGGAAUUACCCCACACAGCUUACGUUUGGACCACUUUUGGCUGCAAUAGCUGCAGGUAAUACUUGUUCUUGUAUACUCACUGUAUGAUACUCACUUUUCUGUCAGUUAUUCCCGUCCAUAACUUGGACUUUGAGUGGUUUUUUUUUUGCUAUAUUCGAUUUCUUAAAAUCAUCACAGGGUGGGAUAAAUCACAUAUUUUACAUACCAGAGGUACUGUACGGCAAUAUUACAGUCUGAUAUAGAGGGCCCUGUCUACACACGUAAAAACGCACAAGUUGUAACAAACUUGCAGCAGACUUGUAGCAAUGCUGUUCCAACAACUUGUCAAAGGAUGCGUUCGCACUGCUUGUUCCCAGCUUGUUGACAGAUUGUCAAUGGCUUGUUGACAACUUGCUACAAGGUUGUUGAGCUCAACAAACUUGCUACAAGUUUUUCCAGCAACUUGAUGCCGUCCUGCAAUUCAACAAUUUGUCAACAAGUUGUGAGUGACAAUCUUGUAGUGGCUUGAUAAAAUAACAGCAUUGUCACAACUUGUUGACAAGCUUGCUACAAGCCUGUUGCGAACGUGUGUAUCCAAUCUCAAGAGCGCCAAUUUAUCAAGAAGGCACCUGUAAUUAAUGGGUGCAUGAGGCCUAUUGCAACAUCUGAACUACACAUCAUUGAUACUAUAUUCUGUUUCUUGUUGCAUAGUAUUCCUUCAUAGAGGUUACCCUCCAAAUCUGAACCUCGAUUGAAAGACCUUGAAAGGCAUUGAGUAAAAUGCCAUGUGAAAUAAAACGUUCUACUUAUAAAGUAUAACAAGCAUAUGAUAUGGUGCUUUUUUGUCAGGGAAUUGUGUGUUGUUAAAACCAUCGGAGCUCUCUGCAAACACGGCAGCAUUGGUUGAAUUGCUGGUUUUAAAAUAUCUUGACAAGGUAACGACGUCCCUUACUGGACUUCUAGGGAGAACAGUUUGGAACUGAUAGAGCUAUCCAGUAUAAAUUAAGUUAGUUUAGUUUAGGUUUCCUCCUGUAUUAACACUGGAUCAAUAACAGACGUCCCUUACUGGACUUCUAGGGAGAACAGUUUGGAACUGAUAGAGCUAUCCAGUAUAAAUUAAGUUAGUUUAGUUUAGGUUUCCUCCUGUAUUAACACUGGAUCAAUAAGAGAUGAUGCUUACUGGACCUCUAGGGAGAACAGUUUGGAACUGAUAGAGCUAUCCAGUAUAAAUAAAGUUAGUUUAGUUUAGGUUUCCUCCUGUUGUAACACUGGAUCAAUAAGAGAUGAUGCUUACUGGACCUCUAGGGAGAACAGUUUAGAACUGAUAGAGCUAUCCAGUAUAAAUAAAGUUAGUUUAGUUUAGGUUUCCUCCUGUAGUAACAUUGGAUCAAUAAGAAGUGAUCCUUACUGGACCUCUAGGAAGAACAGUUUAGAACUGAUAGAGCUAUAGUAUAAAUAAAGUUAGAUUUAGUUUAUAAAGUUGUUUAGUUAGUUUAUUAUUAAAACAGAUCCAAAUUAUGUACAAAUUUGUACAACCAAAAAUUGUUCAAAUAUUUUCUAGGACUGUUAUGUAGUAAUGCAAGGCGCGGUGAAAGAAACAACAGCGAUAUUGAAAUGUAGAUUUGAUCACAUAUUUUAUACUGGUAGCACUAUGGUUGGGAAGAUUAUCAUGAGAGCAGCUGCCGAACAUCUCUCGAAAGUCACUCUUGAACUGGGAGGGAAAAGGUAUGACAUUCUCAGAUAGGACAUUCUCA